GAGGCGGGUCACAAGCUCGGGCAUCACUGCCUCCGUCCUCCAGCCUCUCCGCUUCCGAGCGCUCCAGAUCUCCGCCGACCGCGCGGCUUCUCCCCCGAACUAUCCUCCCUCGCGGGGCGGGGAGUCGGGCUGAGAUAAUUGCGGGGGCGGAUCUUUGUUCGCGGUUCUCCGCCUGAGGCGAGACGGGGAAAAGUGGCUGCCUGGGGUAGCCUAGGUUGAAGAGGCUCGUCCUGCUUGCGCGCUGGAGUCCGGGAGAUGUUUUCUGCAUUGUGGCUUACUACUUGGAUUUAUCUCAUUCAUUCCCAUUUCAGCUGUUGUGAUGGGAUUGUUAGCUUUUCCCCUAAAGGAGAGCCAGGAACUGUCUCUUGUCUACAAGGUAGACAAUCUAAACAUGUGACUUGGUAUAGAAAUGAUAUUGAGAUGCCUAUAACUACAGAUAACAGCUCCCGGGUUUAUCAGCAGGCAAAUUUGCUUUGGUUUUAUCCUGCAAAACUAGAAGAUUCUGGAAUGUAUCACUGCAUUCAUAAUUCCACGACAUUUAACAGAUCCCUAAUAGUGUUUGAGAAUAGUGUUGGACUAUGUUUUAAUGAAGGAAUGGUUUUUGAACAGAGUCUUAUAUUAGAAUACAAUGGGAAGCUGACUUGUCCAGAUCUUCAAAAUUUCAGAAAUGAUGAAAAUGCUCCUUUUGCUUUACAAUGGUAUAAGGAAUGUCAUUUGCCUUUAUAUGGAGAUUGGAAAUUUAGGCCUUUUAGAGAACAUCUUACCAUUAUAAAUAUAACUAAGGAAGAUGAAGGAAUUUAUAUAUGCAGAGCUAAACAUAUAUAUAUGGGAAAAGAAUAUAAUAUUUCACGGGCCAUCAAACUAAUUACUUUUGGAAUAUCAAAGAAAAAUAUUCCAGAUAUAAUUUAUCCAAAUAACAACUCAAUUGAAGUAAAACCAGGUUCCAGAUUUGACCUGGUAUGUAAUGUCUCAGCAGAUCCUCUGGAUGAAGAAGUAAUUGUAACCUGGAUAUUCAAUAAUGAGGUGUUAAAUGCAGAUGAGAAGGAUAAGGUUGUUUCUGGAAAACGAAUAAUAGACGUAAAGUUAAAUAUUUCCAAAAUGAAAGACAGAGAUUAUGGGAAAUAUCUGUGUGAAGUAUGGUCUAAACAUGAGAUGCAAGUAGCAUAUGUAGUGCUAAACUAUCCAGCUCCAAACGUUCAGAUUUAUGUGAUUGGAGGAUUGAUUUCACCAUUGUUUAUUAUAGCAGCAUCACUGCUUAUUUACAAAUUUUUCAAAGUUGACAUUAUCCUUUGGUACCGGGAUUCUUGCCAACAUCUCAGCAAAGGAAUUUCAGAUGAAAAAGUCUAUGAUGCAUAUGUAUUAUAUCCUCACAAUGUAUCAGGCUGUGUAUAUUUGACAGAAACCUUUGUCUUCAAAUUAUUACCUGAAAUCCUAGAAAAACAGUGUGGCUACAAGCUCUUUAUUCUUGGAAGGGAUGAUGUGCCAGGGCAAGCUGUCAUUACUAUUGUGGAUAAAAUGAUCAAGCUAAGCAGAAGAGUGAUCAUUAUUUUAAUGCCAGAUCUAUAUUGUGGUGGCAUGCAGAGUUUGUUGUCUGAACAGGAACUUGCAAUCUACAGUGCUCUUAUCCAGGAGGAAACCAAAGUUAUACUUAUUCAGCUAGACAAAAUAAAAGAUUUCAAUAGUAUGCCAGAAUCCCUCAGAUAUCUUAAGCAAAAGCAUGGCAUACUCACAUGGAGGGGAACUUUUACAGAAACCACUGAAAUAGCAACUACAAGGUUUUGGAAGAAUGUGAGAUACCAGAUGCCAGCCAGCCCAAGCUCACUUUCCCAAGACUUGCAUUUUUUGCCAAUAACUUUUCACUUGUCUCAGAUAUCAGACAGAUGAUGUCAAAGCAACACUUGCAGUGUUUACUUGAAAUCUAUUCCAGUGGAUCCUUAUAGAUUCACAAACACGUGCACCUGCUAGUGACUGUUCCAAAUCUGGGAUCAACAGAAACACAAUUCAGAACUGUAUUUUCUGAAAGGGUAUUCACCCAUAGACUGUGAGGUGCAUGAGCUACUUGGGCAAGUGGCAAAAUAAUGUGAAUGCUGCACAA